AUGUUUAUGUUUCCCUCUCGAAUCUUAACCUUUUCUUCUAUAAAUUCCUUCGUUCUUCUCUUCCCCAAUCACCAAAUCAUCUCUUUCGCGUCAUUUUACGUCUUUUAAUCAUGAAGCUCUCCUUGUCUUUGCGGUGCUCGCUUCCACUUCUGGUGGCCACCGUAGCUUUUGUGGGUUCUAUCUUGCCUGUUUAUGGGCAAGUGACUACGCCCUGCACGGCUUCCAUGAUUUCAAGCAUCAGCCCUUGUAUGAUGAAUUUGAUCACAAAUAGUUCUGCCAAUGGUACUUCGCCGACCGCCGACUGUUGCAAUGCACUCAAGUCCCUCACAAGCACUGGCAUGGACUGUGCCUGCCUCAUUGUCACCGGAAAUGUCCCUUUUCAGAUACCCAUCAACCGAAGCCUCGCCAUCUCUCUGCCCCGAGCUUGCAACAUGCCUGGCGUCCCUCUUCAAUGCAAAUCCACUGCUGCACCUAUUCCUGCUCCAGGUCCUCCAUCAUUUGGGGCACCACCAGCUGCAAGUCCGGCAGCAACUGUUGUUCCUGAUCCUACACCCUCUGCUACAGCGCCAGAAUCAGACACAACACCAGUAUUAACUCCACCAUCUACGGCUGUGGAUCCAAAAGCCCCCACCCUGACUCCGGGGAGCCGCUCUGUUGUGACUCCAUCAUCAGUUGCCAUGCCCUCUUAUAAUUUCUCACCAUCUCUUCUUCUAUUAGCAGUAGCAUUGUUGGUAAUGAAGUAUUACUAGGUCUCUGCCUUUGGAUCUCUAUUUAUGUACUUAAAACUUUGAGAAAUGUUCUUUUGGUAUGUGAUUAUUGUUCUGGGCUUGUUCAUA